AGGCCAGGACUCCCGACGACAUCCACCGGCAACCACCGCUCCUGAUCUCAGCCAGCUCCGUCGAGAAACCAGCCAAGAGUAGUCCGACACCCAGGCCACCAUGGCGAACCCAUCCGCCUCCGCCUCGACCUCGAGGGCGUCGUGCGGGGCUACCAGCACCGCCAAGCUCACCUGCCUCUGCUCGCCGACCAACCACCCGGGCUCCUUCCGCUGCACUCGCCACCGCAACCCGCGGGGGCGACCGCAGACGUCGUCGUCCGGCCGCGCGUCGCAGCAGCCUGCUGCACCGGGAGCCAGCACGACGGUGCGCGUCGAGGGGAUCAUCAGGAGCGGCGGUCUCGGCACCGGCGUCGGCGGCGGCAGGACCACCAAGGAUCGGUCCGUCCUGCGCGCGCACCUGCUGCGGCUGGUCAGCGCGCCGUCCUCCGCCGGCCGCGACCAACGUCGCUGCCGGGACUUCAUGCCCCGCCCGUCAAGGUUGGGCCGCCUCGCGGUGACCGCGUGACCCGGCUGCUCUGCUUCGCGGCUCGUACUAGGGAGCCGACUAGCAGAGUAGCAGUGGCGGACGGUGCGCCUCUAUUUCGCGCGCACCAACGCAUGGAUGAUGGAUCCGUCGUGGCUAGCAUGUAGCUAGGAUCGGGUACUACUCUGGAGAAUGGAACUCUUUUUAGUACUGUGAUGAACUGGUGAUGGUGCUGAUAAUUACUAGUACUACUAGUACUCUGGAUCUGUGAUCUGUACACACUUCCUUGUAAUUUUUGCCGAGGAAUCAAAUGGAGCAGUUUUUUGUGA